AUGAAGACUCAGACACACUAUGCGACACUUGGGCUGGCCCCGAACGCGCCCCAGGAAGUCGUAUGUGCGGCGUAUAAAGCGCUGGCAUUGACAUACCAUCCUGACAAGACCUUGGAGCUAGCCGCUGUUGAGCGUGCUGCGCGUGCCACUGUGUUUAGUAAUCUUCAAGAAGCAUUUGGCGUAUUGAAAAAUCAGAACCAUAAGGCCGCCUACGAUGCUGAACUGGCCAGAAAAGACAGCGAGAUCGUCGACGAAGUGUUUGCCUUCCACCAUCAUGCCCAGUCUACGCUCACGAUACAGGAGCAGAACAGCUCGAUGCGCGCUCGAGCACGUCAACAACUUCAACAUUGGAAAGUCCUACGCGAGAAGCGACAGGAGGCUGAGGCAUGUUGGAGCAUGGCUGAGCUCGAGAGCCUGGUCAAGAUCUGGGGGGAUCUCGAGAACGAGAAUGCAGCCGAUCCCCCGAUGAAGGCUCGAUGUGCCAUUCUCUCUCACGAAUACUUGAUGGAGAUCGAUCGUCGCGAGAGGGACCAUGGAGAGUCGUUGGAAAAGGCGUCAACACCUGGUCACACAAUAGUGACACUCACAACGCCGGUGGCUGUGGCUCAUCGUCCAGUGACGCCAAGUGCGUCUACCAAGUCGACCACGGUCGUACCUGCACAAUCGCCGAACACACCGGAUGUGGCCGCGCGAUGUACCUGUUCUGAUAUCUCCUCUACGGUUACGCCAUUCUCUCGCUUGAAUGCGCGAGCCGCCGAACGUAAACGGGCCGAAGAAAAGCGGGCUGAAGAAGCUAAGGCCCGAGCCGAAGCACGCAAGGGUAGGAAAGCUCAAAUUGAGGCAGUCAAGCAAGCCCAACUUGAAGAAAAGGCAGCCUUUGUUCGCGCCGAAAAUGAGAGGCAGAAAGCGCUAGCGGAGGAGCAAGCCCGUGCAAAAGCUGAACAUAUCGCGAAGGUUCGAGCCAAGGUGCGCGGGGCACCAUUUAGCAUCAAUACGGUUGAUGAUGAUUUUGUCGCUUCUGGAGUACAAGAGGAUUCGUUGUCGCAUGGGGUUGAUGCCUCCGAUAAAGGUGUGCAGGAAGACUUCAAGCUAUAA